UCUCAUAAAAACCUGUCUCCAACCCUCAUUUCAUUUCCUUUCCUUUCUUCAGCACUAUGGAUUAUCAGUUUAAAAACCAAAAUAUAGCAACCAAUAUGACUCACAACCUAAAAGCUCAUUACUAUCUUGUUAAGCUUACUCAAUUACUCGUUUCAGUGUCCGUGUGUUCCUUCAUCUUCUCUCCUUCUUCCUUGCUUGUUUUCCUACAUUACUUCAAAUUCUAUUUCUCUACAUUCCCUUUCCAACUCUAUACACACAACAUAGACAAGAACUCCAUGUUUCUACUUUGCAAUGGUAUCCUUGUUUUUGUUGGUAUAACUAAAUCUCUCUCCGGCUCUAGUUGUUGUGAUGAUAAUAAGCCUUCUACGUAUGUUAAAGAUGAUGGUUCACAAUCUCGGUUUUCGGUUAUUGAAGCCAACGAGCUAAUGUUGGAGAUAGUAGAAACUGAAGAACAAACUAGUGAUCCUGAUGAACAGAACACUGUAGUUGAGCAAGUAAUAGAAAUAGAAAAUUGUGCUGAAGAAGAAGUACAAGAAAACAUUGAAAAGAUCAUUUUGGUAGAUGAAGGAGAAGAAAAAGGAAGUAGCUUGGUUUUGAAGGAAGAGAAGAAGGAGGAGCUAGAUGAAGAAACUGAGCUAUUGGAUGUAGGUGAUGAAGAGGAAGAUAAAGGGUCAGAAACUGAUUACAUUCUGAUUGAAGAAAGAAUAGAAGAGGAAGAAGAAAGCUGUAUGUUGAGCACAGAGGAGUUGAACAAAAAGUUUGAAGAUUUCAUUAGAAAGAUGAAGGAAGAUCUAAGAAUUGAAGCUCAAAGGCAAUUAGUCAUGGUUUGAUUUAGUAACAAUCAUGGUCUUCUUUUUUUCUUUCUUAGGGAGGCCUAGUUAUUUGUUAGGUCUUUCUCUUUUUCUUUUCUCCUGCUCCACUUUUCUUGUACUUUAGUUGUAUGAAAUUUUGCAAAACUAUUUCUCUGCUUUUCUUCUAUGGUUGAUAGCAACAAAGAGCAGGUUCUAGAUAUGAAUUUUUUUGUUUAAAUUGAAGCCAUAAACCAAGCACAUGAUCACAACCUUAAUGAAAUAAAAUCGCAUAUAUGACACAGUUUGAGGAUA